GUUGAAUGCUUUGAUGGUUUUAUUAUUUUACCUUCAUUCACAACGUCACUUUUGACAACUUUCUUGCAAGAUUAGUUUGAUUUUGGGGUGAAUAGUUUAGUAUUGUUUUGAAAGAGUUUUAAACUUGAGUGAAAAGUGCAAGGGAUUGCUUGGAUUUGGGUUUGAUUGCAAUAAUUACGCGCCAAAUUGACUUUCAAGUUGAUAUCGGUGGAUGCAAGCUGGCGGCGUACAAAAAUUGCAUUCUCCAUUUUGUUUGCAAGCAAGCCACUUCUAGGGAAAUCCGGGAGUCGUGUGCAAGUGAAUUUUCAUGAAAACGGGUUCUUUGUUGCAACUGUCGAUAGAACCGUACGACCGUGAGUCUGCGAGCAACCGAGCCACCGGAAGUGCCAAGAUGAGUUCGAUCGACUGGAAGCGGGGCGCGACGGAAGUACUGCUGAAGCUGUACAAAGAGCAUCCGAUUCUGUACAACAUGAGACAUCCCAAGUACUACAACAAGGGCGAACGCCAGAUGGCGCUGAACACGAUCAUCGACCUGCUGGAAGAUCACCGGCCCGGCACGACCACCAACGACAUCCUGAAGAAGAUCCAAACCAUGCGAACCCAGUUUGGCCAGGAGUACGGGAAGGUUCGGCGGGCGCAGGAAAAGGGCGGCCAGUACGUGCCAACGGUUUGGUGGUACACGUAUCUGUCCUUCCUGCGACAGCACAUCCGGCCACGGAACGGAGCAGCGGAAAUUGUCGAAGACGACGACAACAGCUACCAGCAGGCCGAGGAAGAGUACGAGACUUACGAGACCGAGGUGUACGAGGACGAUAACGACGACUCGGAGAUUGUGUACGAGAUUCAGAGUGCCCAACCGGGCAAAGACACCAAGGAGGAUCUGCUCGGCAAAACGAAAAUGGUCCGCAAAAGCCACAACGUGUCCGCCUCGAUGACCCACAACGGCCCCAAGGAGGAAAUCAUCUUCGAAAUCACCGACGCCAACACGGUCGUCGCGAAGCGCAAACACGAGGUCAUCAGCGCCGCCGACCUGGCCGCCGCCACCCCAGUCAAGAUCAUCCGCACCGAUGUAAUCGCCGCGCCACAUCCGCAAACUCAAACCCCCGCCGCACCCACCAGCCUUCCCAAGCACGAACCCGUCGGAACGCCAGCAACGACGCCCGCCAACACCUCCGUCGAACAAGUUGAACCGAUCUCUGUCGAGUCGGACCGGGCCCGCAGCUUGGGAAACUUUGUGGCGGCCCAGAUCAACGGCAUCAAGGACGACUAUCUGUUCUACUCGACCCAGAUGGACGUGCUGAACGUGAUCAACAAGGCGCUGCUCAAGCAGCUGCACAUGGACAAGGAGGAGAAGGCGGGCCGGAAGUCGUCCGCGGUGGAGUGAAGGAAGCAGACGCUUUUGUUUUAGAUUAGUUGACCACCUUUCAUUGAAGUGUAAGAAAUGAAUAGAUUUGUAACGUUUAUUGUAGAAUUUUUCAAUAAAUCUAUUGAUAUGUUUU